UAAUCCUUUCUAAUCGCUUCAGUGGCAGAGACCGUCUUCUCCUCAAGAUGACACCUGCAGUAGAGAACCCUCCGGCUGAAGAAGAGGCGAAUGCUGAAGUUAUUUCGGGAACUGAAAGUGACAGUGAUGACGAAUUACCAGAGCUUGAGGAAGGAGAUGCUGGCCAACCAGCUAUUUCAAGUGAAGUGGCUGCCGCAGCUGGAUUGACUGAGGAACCUGUCAGCAAAGCAAAACAGAGCAGAGGAGAAAAGAAAGCCAGAAAAUCUCUGUCAAAAAUUGGACUCAAAACUGUUUCUGGAGUGACCAGAGUAACAAUACGGAAAUCCAAAAAUAUACUAUUUGUUAUAAACAAGCCAGAUGUUUACAAAAGCCCAGCCUCGGAUACAUACAUAGUGUUUGGUGAGGCAAAGAUUGAGGAUUUGAGCCAGCAAGCCCAAGUUCAGGCCGCUGAGAAAUUCAAAGCUCCUCAACCAGCCCCUGCCAUCCCAGAAGCAAAGGCAGCUGCCAUUGAACAGGAAGAAGAAUCUGAGGAAGAAGAGAUCAAUGAUAGCAAUGUGGAGGAAAAAGAUGUUGAACUUGUUAUGCAGCAAGCUAACGUCUCCAAAUCUAAGGCUAUCAAAGCUUUGAAAAAUAACGAAAAUGAUAUCGUCAAUGCCAUUAUGGAACUGACUAUGUAAAUUAACCGUGCAUCAACUUUUAAAAUCUCCUUUGCUCUGUACAGGAUUUUUGCAUUUUGACAUGUUGUCUUUGGUUGGGAAAAAAAAAAUUGGAAUAAAGUAGCCAUUAACAGAACUGAAAA